CUGGACUUCAGAAAACGUUUUGUUGUUUCAUGUCAAGGGGUACAUUCAGCAGAGCAGCGACAAUAGCGGCCUCAUUCCAUUAACGUUGGGUUGUUUCCUGUUGUAGGUACCCCUUUGUAAGAUCUCCAGUGGUUUAAUAAUUUUUUUCGCGAGACUGAAAGAUGUCUGUGAAUUCAGCAUUGUGUCAUGGCACCGUCUCGCCUGAGGUGACUGAUUCUGAUUUGGAAGAAGAAUAUUCCGAUGCUUUUGCUAAUGCUACCCCGAGUGCUGCCCCUAUUUCUCCAUAUCGGAGAAAUAGACGUUCAUUGAGCGAAGGAAACAUACUUUUUUUGGAUGAUGAUAAACGAAUGCAGCCUAAUCUAAGAGAUCGCGCAGACUCUGAUGAUGAAGCAACUGAAUGGCGUCAUGAAGAUGACUCUAUCGUUAAGGAUAUGAAGCGUCUAGCUCGCCCCAGCCAGUUUAUUGCUUCUACGGAUAAUUUGCAAGGACACACGAAAUUUAUAUCCAAUGCUGAGGCAAUCUAUAAAUUUCAUAGAGAUACACCAAAAAGGUUCCGAAGCCAGCCCAGACUGACAACCUUCCAUUCAAAUCCGAAUUUGGCUCACUUGAAAGUAACUGUGCCACAUAGUCCAAUGCUUAGGACAAAAAUCAGGACACGGCCUUGCCAUAUUAUGACCAAGGAGCAGCGGGAACAGAUGGAGUUUGAGGAGAUUCAGAAAAUAAAAUUUAAAGCCAAACCAGUAAACAAAAAUCUACAUAACCCCUCGAAAAGUGUGCCGAUUGAGAGAAAGCCAGUAACUAAGCCUGAGCCAUUUAAGCUGACUUGUCCACCUCCUAAAAAAAUAAUCCCAAAACAACAAUUUGUCUUCCAAGCCCUACCGAUUCCAAGAACCAUCUACUUGCCUCCACUUUUGCCGGAAGUCGAGAAACGUCCAGUUACUGAUCCCGAGACUCCAAUGUUUAUGAAAAACUACAAACCACAGAAAAAAGAAGCUACAAAAAAAGUUACAGGUACUUCUACAACAGUUGUGCCCACUAGAACUGUACCUGCGCCGUUCAGUUUUGAAAACAGAGAUAAUAUGCGUUUGAGGAAAAGGGAACAGCUUAUCAAGAAAAUGAUGGAUGAAGAACGACAAGGCAGAGAAUUCCGUGCUACUCCGAUGCCACGAUCGUUAUUUAAAAAAGAAAGGACUUUAAAAAGCGACAGCUCAAGCAGCACUUCUUCUGGCAAAAGAUGCCCAAGCACUGACAAUAUUUGCCCUCAAUUUAAAGCUCGUGAAGCAACCGUCCUCAAGAAAAGUCCAUUUAUUCCCAGCCUACCCAAUAGACCUGCUACUAUAAUCGUACCGUUCCAGCUGGAAACUGAAUCAAGACGUGUGGAACGAGAAGAGUUUGACAGAAAAAUGAAGUUGCGUGAAGAAGAACUGGAACAGCAAAAGCAACGCAUCAAGGAGAUGCAAGCUGAGCAAGAACAACAAGAAAGAGAGAAAUACAGAAAACUGGCGGAGUACAAAGCUAAUCCUAUCAAGAAAUAUAAGCCAGUAGAGAUUCAGUUGAGUAAGAAAGUGACUAAUCCAGUAACUCCGCUUCUACAUCAGAAAAAGUCUGGGAAGGAUAAAGAGAACGUGGAUAAAAAAAAUAAUUGAAGUUUUCACCUAGUACACUCUUUUAGAGUUUGAAUUAAAU